AUCAAACGUCUUAUAUAAACUAAACCCAACAAAAUAUCCUCAUUUUCAACACUGAGCUCUCUCUCUCUCUCUGCUCGAAAGAAGAUCUGUCUUUUUAUUCCUGUGAUCAGAGAUGAAUUGUCUCCAGAAUCUGACAGGAUCCUCUGUUUUUCCUCUCCGGAGCUUCGGAAGCAAUCCCACGAGGAGGCCUUCCUUCUUUAUCGCAACUCUGGGAACGAUGAGCUGCAUCGAUCUACCCAGAAGCAUGGCUGUGAAGGCAAUUUCUGGUUCCACCUCUAGUGCUGAGACGAGUGGUGCUGAAGCGAAAGAGGAAAAGUCUGAGAUAUAUAGUAAUAACAUGACAGAAGCCAUGGGUGCUGUCUUGACCUAUAGGCAUGAGCUAGGUAUGAACUACGACUUCAUACGUCCAGAUCUGAUUGUGGGGUCUUGCCUACAGACACCUAAAGAUGUUGACAAACUUCGAAGCAUCGGCGUGAAGACCAUUUUUUGCUUGCAACAAGAUUCAGAUUUGGAAUAUUUUAGUGUUGACAUCGGUGACAUUCGAGAGUAUGCCAACACAUUUGAUGACAUUGAACACUUGCGUGCUGAAAUAAGGGACUUUGAUUCAUAUGAUCUACGUCUCCGGCUUCCUGUUGUUGUUAGCAAAUUAUAUAAAGCCAUAAAUCGAAAUGGAGGUGUCACUUAUGUGCAUUGCACUGCUGGACUUGGAAGAGCUCCUGCAGCUGCGUUGGCUUACAUGUUCUGGGUACAGGGAUACAAACUUACAGAUGCUGUCAAUUUACUGCUGAGCAAACGUGCGUGCUUCCCAAAACUGGAUGCUAUAAAAAAUGCUACUGCAGAUAUUCUUACAAGCAUGACAAAAAGGGUUGUCACAUUGACUUGGGGAGGUGAUAAUUGCUCUACAGUGGAAAUCUCAGGACUUGACAUUGGAUGGGGUCAGAGGAUUCCUUUAGAGUUUAAUAAGGAACAGGGUUCGUGGAUUCUCAAGAGGGAAUUGCCGGAAGGACGAUAUGAAUAUAAAUACGUCAUUGAUGGUGGAUGGACGCACAAUAAGCAUGAGCCUUUCACCUCUCCCAACAAGGAUGGCCAUGUCAACAAUUAUGUUCAUGUUGUUGAGGACGACCCUAACAGUGAAAGUGCGGCCAUACGGAAGAGGAUGACCGGUGAUGAUCCUCAUCUUACAACCGAGGAACGACUGAAAAUAAGACGGUUCCUCGAAUCUUGUCCCAGUGAUGAGUGAAUUACAAAAGAGCAAUACAAGGGUUCUAGCAUGUAAAGUAGUAACUGAGGAUGAACAUAGGAAAGCUGUGUUUGCUUGUGGCAGAGGUAAGUCCUGCUCAACUUGAAUUUUCCACUGCCUUCGCUUCAAGAUUAUUGGUUCAAGUAGAUUCGAUUUGAUGCGAGUUUGUCGAGAGAUUUAUGAUAUUGAAUACUUGCUACUUGCACAAAAUUCUACUUAUAUUUGUUUGAUCCGUAAACCCGAAACCUAACUACUGGAGGGUUCAAGACUUGUAGAGAUGAUGGUAGGAUGCGUUCUGCAGAGAUUAAUAGAGAUUGGGGAAUUCUGGGGGUUACUGUAAGUGACCGAUUAUUAGUGGUGAGCUUGUUUUAUGAUUUCUUUUCUGUUGUUUUUUUUAAUUAUAAUUUAUAAUGUAGCUUAAGUAUGAAGUAUUUGGGCUCAUGAGUCAAACUUUCAGUCCGGUGUUAGACGGAGUGAUCUAACAUUUGGACGCAUUUGAGAAA